UGAGCUUUUGCCAGGGUAUUAGCAUGCUUCGCCACUUGACUCACCGCCGAUUUAUCUCGCGUUCCAGAUACUGACUGGCUGUGCCAAACAUUCAGUGGAUUCAGUUACAUCACAGACUCCGGCGGAAGUACAUCCUCAAGCACACCAGGUUCGGUGACCAAUCGCGCGCGCGGUCAAGGCUUUUGGGAAGCUGUUGGUGGUUGAGUUGAACCAUCCUACUACAUACAGUCGGGAACGGUUCCUCGUGGAUGGGUGGGCUGGCCCGUGUUACCCUUCAGAACGGCGCCAAUUCCGACGACUCAAGUGACGGGGAUUAAGGAAGAGCAUUGUUAUUACUUUCGCUUUAUGUUUCGGGGGUGCUUUUCUUCGCGUUAUCUCGUUUUAUGCGCGGGAAGUGAAAUUUUAUCCCCCCAUUUCCGCUUGAAUAGCGCCGCCUCAUCACUGAGUCCGGGAGGAGCAUAGUGUUUUAGUUAAGCAGUGCUGACGACAAAGUUCAAAGUGAUUGAUGAGCUUUUGAUGUUGAAGAUACGGUGCGUUGCAGACGAAGAAAAAAAAGCUGUAUGCGAAAAUGGUUAUGAUGAUUAAUAAAAGAAUUGAAAACACCACCGCUGUAUGUGUGUGACGUUGUUCAUUACCCAAGGAUUAACUGCGGCGGUUAUGAUGGCUUUGUUUCUGGAGCGAUACAGUGCGUGACAAGAAAAAUGGAGCAAAGGAUUAUCAGCAUCGUUUUUGGAUUACUAAUCACCAUGCAGCGAGGAGCCGGCGACGACAUGGGACUUCUCUCCAGUACGCUGCGAGCAUUCCGGCAAACGAGUUGCGAAAACGACCUCAUGACAUUAUCCUGCCCAAUCGGGACCAGCAUCAGCGUGGAAGUCGUGCAGUACGGCAAAAAAGAGGAAAAUUCGUCACUGCAGUGUGCGUAUACCGACCCGAUGGACAGUCGGUAUCCGGUGGAAUCCACUACGCUAAUAGCAGAUAUGCCUUUUGUGUUGGGAAAUCUGACCUUUUCUUUAGUAGACACGUCCCUCAAUGAAACGAGUUUACUAGAAAAAUCCAGGAGCAAAUGUAUCCACAGCUAUGUACUUCAGUAUUCCAUCCUGCAAAUUGUUGUGGAAGCUUGCCAGAAGAAGCGCAAGUGUUCAUUCCGAGCCUCACCGAAAGUAUUCGACAGCAUACCAUGCCCCGGCAUCCACAAGCUGGUGGAAGUGAGCCACAAAUGCCGACCAUUCGAGUUUCGGAGUCUUAUUGCUUGCGAGAAGGAUGUGAUACGAUUGGCCUGCGGUCGUUACACUAGGGUAGCCAUUUACAGUGCCAGCUACGGACGCACGGCCUACGAGAGCUCACACUGUACGCAGACGGCCGGCUCCAAGGAGGAAACGUGCUUGUCGGCCCACACCAGCCAUACACUGACGGAAAUUUGCCAGGGACGACGAAAGUGCACCGUGGCGGUCGAGGCAUCCACCUUCGGCAGUCCUUGUCCGGAGAACGUCCGAGUCUCGCUGAAAGUUGUUUACGCAUGUGUAUCCAGAAAUGUUUUUCGAGAUCGCUACAUUAGCCCACUAGAGGAAGAUGAAUUGGACCCACAGUUCGAGAUGAAUGAGCUCUACGAUGACGAAUUCACUCCCGCUCCCAACCAAGUGGACGAUUCCUCCAGUGGCCAAAUUAGUCAUAAAUUUUCCGAUGAGCUCGAGGCAACUGUGAAGGCUGAAAAUAUUCUCACACAUAGCAAGGACGCAAAUAUUGAACAUCGGAUCGAUAAUCAUCUGCUGGUAAUCGUGGUGGUCGUAAUUUUCUUCGGAUGCUGCCUCUCGAUUGGGGCUUUGGUGGCUUACAAAAUGAGAUUACUAUCGUCGACCGACAACGCUUGCAUCAAACAUUCAGAAUCGAGCGACCCGCAGUCGAACACAACGAGUAACGCUCCGAACGAAGACUUCGAUCUGGUGGAGUGCGUGGCGGAAACUAUUCCCGUAGCAGUGAAAAUGAAGCAAACGACCUACGAGCAUCCAUCAACGUCUGCCCCGUUUAUGCCAACGUUCAAAGUUUUUAAUCACCCCGAUGCCGUGCCCCAGAUAUCGACCACAAUGUUCAUCCUACCGAAUUAUAUAGUCACCGAGGGCAAUCUACAGAGCAAUAAAAACGUAACUCUAAGCCAACAGACGUCGGCGGCGGUGGAAAAUCUCAGCUUGACCGUUGCAGAUGCCACAGUCAGCAGCAUGGACCAGUACUCCCACGAGUCGAGCUCCUGCCUUCAGUGCAACUUCUUGGGGUGGCCAACGGCGACGACAGGACCGCCGCCGGCGUCAAUCGAGCAGAAGGCGUCCACUCUCCGUCAAAAUCAAUCAUUCAAAAUACCGGAUAACGAACGGAAAAUCUGCCAGAACGAUUCUUUUUUAUGGCUGGGCUUGAGGGUCGGGGUGAUGUAAACUUGUAGGGUAAAGCUGUCUAGAUUGAUUCUGGCAUCUAGGUAAUCUGUUUUAUCUCUUUUUUUUUCUGAGCUUUUGUUGAGGUUGGGUUGAGUCGGAUUGUUUUUAUGUGGCGGUGCACAGCAUGUAUUCGGCAGGAUUGGAUCAACAUUUAUGGCGGCAAGCUCCACAGCGUAUUAAGCACCAUUCCAGUAUUAUCCUCGAUACGCAUUUCGCGGUGAUAUUACUGAUUUAAAUUCGAGUAUUUAUUUCAAUGUGUCGAUCUCGGCUCGCUCAAGAUAAUCCCGAAUUUAUGAGAACUGAUUCGUUACUGUUGCAUGCAAAGAAAAAUCACCACUCACACCAGUACGACUGCGUAGCCAUUAUCUACAGCGCUAAACAAAAGAAAUGAAACAAACAGCAACAAUUUGCAGCAAGCUGAAAAUCUUAUCCUUCAAGGAUUCCUCCAGGAAAUCGUCCAGGGAUUCCUCCAGUGAUUCUAGGGAUUCUUCCAUGAAUCCUUCUAAUGGUUUUUCAUUCCUCUAGGGAUUCCUUCAGGAAUUUCUCCAGGGAUUCUUCCAGGGACUCCUCGAGGAAAUCCUCCAGGGAUUCCUCCAGGAAAUUCUCCUAGGAUUUCUCUAGGAAUUUCACCAAAAAAAUAUUCCAGGAAUUCUUUCAAGGAUUCCAUCAGAAGUUUCGGUUCCUUUGGAGAUUCCUACAGGGAUUGAUCCACGAAUUUCUCUAGGGACUCAUUUAGGAGUUUCUUCAGAGAUUUUCCACAAUGCUCCAGGUGUUCCUCUUGGGAUUCUUUCUGGAAUCCCUCCUGGAAUAUCUCUAGGGAUUCUUUCUGGAAUACUUCUGAUGAUUCUUUCCGGAAUCCCUCCAGGAAUCCCUUCAGAGAUUCUCUCAAGCAAUCCCUGGAGAAAUUCUUUCAGGAAUCCCUCUAAAGAUUCCUUUAAGAAUUACUUCAGGCAAUCCUUCAGGAAUUUCUCAACGGAUUUCUCCAGAGAUUCAUCUACGGCUUCCUCCAGGAAUUCCUCCAGGGAUUCCUUCAAGAAUUUGUCCAGGGUUUUCUCCAGGGAUUCCUUUACGCAAUACUCCAGGGAUAUUCCUCCAGGAGUUCCUCUAGAGAUUUUUCCAGGGAUUUUUCCAGAUUUUCAUCCUGGGCUUCCUCCAGGAAUUCCUCCGGGGAUUUCUCUAGGAAUUCCUCCAGUAAUUCCUCCAGGCAUCCAUUUGGGGAUUCGUCCAGGGACUCCUGCAGGGAUUCCUCCAAGAAUUUUUCCAGGGAUUCCUCCAGGAACUUUUCCAAGGAUUUCUUCAGGAUAUUUACCAAAAGUACCUUCAAGAAUUCCUCAAGGAAUUCAUUUUUUUUUCUCCAGGGAUUCAUUUUGGAGUUUCUUCAGAGAUUUCUCCAGGAAUUCUUUCAAAGAUUCCAUCAGGAGUGUCGGUUCCUUCAAAACUUCCAUCUGGGAUUUCACCAGAAGUUCCUCCAUAAAUUAAUCUAAUGAUUCCUCCAGGAACUCCUAGGACUUCUCCAGGAUUUUUACCAAGAAUUUCUCCAAGGAUUACUCCAGGAAUUUUAUCAAGGAUUUCAUCAGGAGUUUCAGUUCCUUCAGAGAUUUCUACAGGGAUUGCUCUAGGAACUCCAACAUGGAAUUAUUUAGAAGUUCUUUAAGAGUGUUCUCCAGAUUUUCUUCCUGGGAUUCCUCCAAGAAUACCGCCAGCUAUUCCUUCAGGAAUUCCUCUAGGGCAUAGGUUCCCAAACUUUCAGGUCGCGCGACCCUCUUUUUCCAGCUGACGUAGUUCACGCGACCCCCAUCCCGAGCAGAAGGGAAUAAUAACAGCAUAAUAAAAUGUGUUAUUUUAGCUGAAUAACUGAGUAAUGAAAUCAGUCAUUUUCAUGUUAUUUACAUAACAAACUAUGUUAUAAACUUGGCUGUCAUAAGCGGCAAAAUAACAAAAAUCAUAACAAAAAAUGUUCCUGGAAGUUCAAUUAAAUAACAUGUUUUGUUAGUUUCGAUAACAACAUAAUAACAAUGAAUUUGAAAAAUACUUUAAUAACAAAUAUUGUUAUUUUAAAGUUAUUGAUAACAAUCCGAAAGCAAAAUUAGUAAUGAUAUCAAACUAAUAACAAAGUAAGUAAUAAUGCUAGGGUCUUGUACUAUUUGGGCAGGUGGACCUAGUUUGGGUUUGCCACUACAGUCGACUCUCCACAUGUCGAUGUUCUACAUCUCGAUAUCUAUCCCUAUCUCUAUGGUUUGAGCGGUCCCUUCAGACUACGUACAUUUUACCUCUCUACAUAUCGAUAUCUCCUUAUCUCGAUAUCUCCCUAUCUCGAUGCGAUCUCGAUCGUUUUUGUUCUAGAUUUUCUCUCUAUAUGUCGAUAUGCCCAUUCUCACAGGUUACUAGACCUCGUUUCCUAGGUGCAAAACAUUAUGGGAAGGCAGAGUGACAUCUGUUUGUUGUUGGUUUUUCCUAGUAACGGAGAUUUUUUCAAUCUAGUGUGCAUUACAAAUUGAUUCUUCAAUUCGAUCUCUCCCUAUCUCGAUGAUCCCUUCAAUAUCGAGACCUGGAGAGUCGACUGUAUAACUCAACCAAUUUUAUACCUUACUAGCUGUCCUGACAAACGUUGUCUUGCCCAGCUGUGGUGGUUUGACAACUGUUGAGCUCAUAACGUCACCGCACUCUAGAUUGAUUUCAUUUCGAUCGUGUUAAUUUCCUUCCCAGCUCAUGAAAAAUCAAAAAUUUUCAAUUUUGUUACUUUUCUAGAUGAUGUUCGUAAUUUUUUGUACUUAUAAACACAGCCACCACUAAUACGAACCGAACCGUGCAAGAGUCAUCCUGAUCGGUUCAGCCGUUCUUGAGUUUUGUUGCCUCAAAGGACUUCAAACUCAUUUUUAUAUAUAUAGAUUGGCACACAAUGAAAUACGUACAGUAUCUUACCCUAUACAAAAAAAAUCAAAUCAAUUGGUUUGAAAUAGACUUAGUUAUAGCAUCAAGUGCCCAAAAUAGGUACAUUAGCCCAAAAGGUACAAGACCCAAUAUGAAUAACAAAACAAGUGUUUAGAACAUAUCAAUAAUCAUUGCUAGUCAUCAUGGCUUGCUCACAGUUCCCCACCCACAAACUUCAUUUGGAGACCCUAAAUAGAUAAAAUGUAUCUUCGGCAAAGUUGCUCGAAAUAGCAUUGCCUACAACUUUGCUGAAGAACUCGAUCGCUUAUGAUUUAAGUUCUAUUCCAGAUUUGGGUAAACACAAAGAAAGUUUUUGGAAAAGAUACAGCAAACAAAUGCAAACAACUUCUCUGAAUACACCCCUUUUAACGAUAACAGAGAUAAUGAACGUUUUUCUGCUAAAACGUUGAUUCGAACCAUUGUGCAACGUGAAUCUCGAAUAAUAUAGGUGACUUUAUAUCAAUAUCAAAACUUGUUAUUGUUAUGCUAUUCUCUCUCUCUCUUCUUGGCGUAACGUCCUCAUUGGGACAAAGCCUGCUUCUCAGCUUAGUGUUCUAUGAGCACUUCCACAGUUAUUAACUGAGAGCUUCCUCUGCCAAUGACCAUUUUGCAUGCGUAUAUCGUGUGGCAGGAACGAAGAUACUCUAUGCCCAAGGAAGUUAAGGAAAUUUUCUUUACGAAAAGAUCCUGGACCGACCGGGAAUCGAACCCGUCACCCUCAGCAUGGUCAUGCUGAAUACCCGUGCGUUUACCGCCUCGGCUAUAUGGGCCCUUGUUAUGCUAUUGUUUAUCAAAUAUUCAUACACUCUCAAUAGUAUAAUAACUAAAUUUGUUCCAUAACAAAACAUAUUAUUUGAAUAUUAUUUUACGGGUGUAUAUCAAUACACCCGAUUCUUUUUUUUUGCACGGUUCGUUAUUUUUCUAUAACUCAGUCAAAUUUGAACCAAUUCCCAUGAAGUUUCGUACAUUGAUAGCACUAAUCAUGCCUAUAUGUGUACAAAAUUUCAUGAGAAUCGGUUGAAAAUUGAAUGAGUUAUAGCAAAAACCAGACCCGUACAAAAAAGAAUCGGGUGUAGCUCGAUCAUAACAAAAUAAGAUUGUCAAACAAAACAUGUUAUGGGAAAGUAAUGCCUUGAUAAGUUAAUAAUAACAAAACAAGAUAUAAAAACAGAUUAUGUGAUUAGAUAGUUAUAAGUUUGGGAUUCCCCUCUGCUCGGGAUAGAAAUUCCCUCACUUGUUGUCUGUUACAGUAAAAUAUUUUACUGUCUCUCGCGACCCCCUGGAUGAACGCCGGCGACUCCCCUGGGGGGUCACGACCCACAGUUUGGGAAAACAUGCUCUAGGGAUUCCUUCAGGAAUUCCUCCGAAUUCCUCCAGGGAUUCCUCCUCUUCAGGAAUUCCUCCAGAUAUUCCUCCAGGGAUUCCUCCAGGAAUUCGUCCAGGAAUUCCUCCAAGAAUUCCUCCAGGGAUUCCUCCAGGAAUUCCUCCAGGGAUUCCUCCAGGAAUUUCUCCAGGGAUUCCUCCAGAAAUUCCUCCAGGAAUUCCUCCAGGGAUUCCUCCAGGAAUUCCUCCAGGAAUUCCUCCAGGAAUUCCUCCAGGGAUUCCUCCAGGAAUUCCUCCAGGGAUUCCUCCAGGAAUUCCUCCAGGGAUUCCUCCAGGAAUUCCUCCAGAGAUUCCUCCAGGAAUUCCUCCAGUGAUUCUUCCAGGAAUUCCUCCAGGGAUUCCUCCAGGAAUUCCUCCAGGGAUUCCUCCAGGAAUUCCUCCAGGGAUUCCUCCAGGAAUUCCUCCAGGGAUUCCUCCAGGAACUCCUCCUGGGAUUCCUUCACUCCUCCUGCAAGGAUUCCUCCAGGGAUUUCUCCAGGAAUUCUUUCAGGAGUUCCUACAGGGAGGAUGCUAAAUUCUUCCUGGGAUUCCUCCAGGGAUUCCUCCAAGGAUUCCUCCAGGAAUUCCUCAAGAUAUUCCUCAAGGUAUUCCUCUAGGAAUUUCUCCAGGGAUUCCUCCAGGAAUUCCUCCAGGGAUUCCUCCAGGAAUUCCUACUCACUGUAUAUUGUCCCAGAUUAUCCUUCACAUACCUAUAAUUGCCGAACAUCAAACCUAACAGAUUGAUUAUGAAAAAGAGUGUUUGUGUACUUUUGAACUUCCAACGCUUUAUAUUAUCCCACGUUUUCUCCAUGUCAAACUUUGUGAUGUCAGAAGUGUUUGUUUUUAUAACCAGAAGAAAAACAAAUGCUUCGAAUGCAAUUGGCAAAGUCGACAUGCCAGUACUCUUCCCCGAAAACAAUAGUUUGCACAUUCUCGCCUGACAAUCCUGAAGUGAAAUGCGCUAUAAUUGCUUGCUUGGAAAUGGCAACACAAAUUCAGCCGGAGGCAUCCUGUGCUAUCGAUUCCCCAAUUUUGUUCCUUUAAAACUCACACCGAACAAAUUCUCUCGGCAGCUUUACCCAUUCAUAAGUGCCCGCAACGGGGCGGGAACAGCCAUCCAAAGUCCGCGUUUAGCCUCUAAUCGAAAUGUAGGCAAGGAAGGCUGCUAAAGAAAAAAAAGAAAAAAAAAUCAAGUCUCUGAAAACAGUCCACACGUGUAGCGAAGAUGCACGUGCUCCGCAUGGCACACCGUCACCACCGAAAAGUAAGAAAAAAAAAGAGAAAUAACGAUAAAAUCGAAUAACAUACAUAUAGGUGUACGAUACAAGAAGCGCGAUUCACUCUAUCAUAUAGGGAGUAUCAAAAUGAUAUUUUGCAACAAUGUGUUUCAAGAGCAAACUGAUGUAGAACGAUCCGAUCAGGAAGAAAAUUGGACGGUUUUUGUUCACUCCACCUUUCUUGUUUCUCGUUCCAUUGAUGUAGCAGAAAAAAAAUCAAAUUUAACUGACUCUGACAGCACUUCCCUCAAGCCUGAACACAUUGAUUACCAUAAAAAGGAAGAGAUUGUACAUAUUGGACAACUGAAUUGCACAUUUCCAAACGUGAAUCGCUCCACAGAUGUGAAAUGCGGUUAAAAUGGUUGAAUAAACAUUUUUAAUUAAAAUGCUGCA